GACAGCUAUCGGCUAAUGUGCACGUGUUUAAAACAUGUUUUUUAGGUAAUUUUGUUAUUUUUCUUGUAUCUAAAAUAUCUUUCAUAGCAUUUUAAUGAUGGCUAUAGAAAAAGGGAUUGCUCAUAGACCCGGGGCUUUUAAACAAUCAAAUAAAGAACAUAAACAUGGUCGGCAUCGUUCGAAAGGUUCAAUUAAUAUAUCUACAAAAGGAAAGGUUUCUGUUAAAACAAUAUCAAAGAAGUUACGAAAAGAACUUAAUAAAGAACAAAGACGUAAUCAAGCCCUACAGAUUAGACAAAAGAAAAGGGAAGAAGUAUUAGCUAAAAAACGAUCUUUAGGUGGCAAUGAAUAUGCUCCAUUCUUAGUAUGUGUUGUUCCACUUUGUAAAAAUUUAGAUUGCAAUUCAGCUCUUAAUAUUUUAAUGCAGUGUGAUGAAGAAGCAACUGUAAAUAAAAGUUCAGCCGGUAUUACACACAUUGGAAUGCCACGUUUCAAGCAAAGAUUUUCUUUUAUAACACCACAAAUUGAACAUCAACUGGCUGUUCUGGAUUGUUUAAAAGUGUCUGAUACUGUUUUAUUUUUAAUAUCGGCUGCAAUGGGAAUAGAAGAUACCACAAUUUUAAUUGAUAAUUGGGGAAAUACAAUUUUGACCUCAUCUCUUUCCCAAGGUCUUCCUACACCUGUAGUAGCGAUAACGGAUUUAGAGAGCAUAACCCCUAAAAAAAGACACGAACACAAACAGUUAAUUCAAAAACUUGUAAAUAAAUGGCUGCCUGAAGAAAAAGUAAUGGUAUUAGAUAAGAACGUAGAUGGUGUUAAUAUUUUACGCAGAAUUGGCAACCAAAAGAGAAAAUCGAUAUUAUAUAGAGAUAGAAGGCCACAUUUGCUUGCUGAAGAAGUGGAAUAUUUGCCUGAAGAAACAGGUACGCUAGGUACUUUAAAAGUGACGGGUUAUUUAAGAGGUACUGCUUUAUCUGUUAAUCAGUUAAUUCAUAUUCCUGGACUAGGUGACUUCCAAAUGGCCCAAAUUGAUGCUCUAAGUGAUCCAAAUAAGAUUAAUAACAAGACUGGCACCAGCGCAAUGGAUGUUGCUGAAUCUAUAUCAGUUAGAGUUCUGGAAAGAUGCGAUUCAACGAAACAGGAAUCUUUAGAUUCAGAAAAUAUUCCUGAUCCAAUGGACGCCGAACAAACUUGGCCGACAAACGAGGAAAUUGAAAUGGCAGAAAAGGAACAGAAUCUAAAAAAAGUGAAAAAAGUUCCUAAAGGCUGGUCCGAGUACCAGGCAGCGUGGAUCCCUGACGACGAUGCAGAAUUCGAGUUGGACGAAUCUGAAAGUGAAGAAGAAGGAUCUGAUAAAGAAUAUUUGGAUGUCAUGUCUGAAGAUAAUAGUGAAAAAUCAAAUAUCGAUGAUGAUAAUGACUUUAAAUCAGUAACGGAAUCGGAAGUAGCUCCAAACGACGAAAAAUAUGACAAAGAAAUGGAUUUGUAUGCUGAAAAAGAAGCAUUAGCAAAGUUAAAAGCUGCAAAGACCGAUCAACAGUUUCCUGAUGAAAUUGAUACUCCUAUGGAUCAGCCUGCGAGGGUUAGGUUUCAAAAAUACAGGGGGUUGGAAAGUUUUAGAACUUCGCCCUGGGAUUCUAAAGAAAAUCUUCCAAGUGAUUACGGCAGAAUUUUCCAGUUUGAAAAUUUUGAUCGAACAAAGAAAAGAAUUUUGAAGGAACAAGAAGAAAAAGAUGGUGCAUUGCCUGGCUGGUAUUUGACGAUUCAUAUUAAGGACGUAUCCCAACUGCUAUGGUCAACUUUUAAACAAUCUAAUUUUCCCUUAGUUCUCAUCGGCUUGUUUUCACAUGAACACAAAAUGUCUGUUUUAAAUACAGUCUUAAGAAGAACCCAACAUUACGAUUUACCCAUCAAGUCAAAGGAGAGGUUAAUAUUUCAAUGUGGUUAUAGGAGAUUUUUUGUGAAUCCGAUAUUCAGCAGUCACACCAACGGUCAGAAACACAAAUUUGAAAGGUUUUUCCAACCAGAUUCUACGGUAGUUGCCACAUUUUACGGCAGAAUACAAUUUCCACCAGCACCAGUUCUAUGUUUUAAAGAAGUUAACAAUGAGUUAGUACUAGUCGCGACAGGGAGUUUGUUGUCAUGUAACCCUGACCGAUUGGUGAUCAAAAGGCUUGUCUUAUCUGGUCACCCACUCAAAAUUAAUAAGAGAUCAGCUGUUAUUAGAUUUAUGUUCUUCAACAGAGAGGAUAUCAUGUAUUUCAAGCCUUGUAAAUUAAGGACGAAAAUGGGAAGGACAGGGCACAUCAAGGAACCUCUUGGAACCCACGGCCAUAUGAAGUGUGUUUUUGAUGGACAGCUAACAUCUCAAGAUACAGUUCUGUUAAAUUUGUACAAAAGGGUAUUCCCUAAAUGGACAUAUGAGGAUCUUAUUGUCAGUUGUGUUAACAAUAAUGAAAAUAUGGAAACCUAAUUAUAUAAAAUUAUAUUUGUAAUUUAUUUGCAAUAUGUUGUUAUAUAUAGAACUAUUCUAAAACAA